AUGAAAAAAGAAACACAGCAGUUGCAGCUAUAUAAAGACAGCGACAUACGAAGGGUAUAUUUUGCUACAGGCGCAGGGCUUGUGCUGGGGGGCAUCAUUGGAGGAGUAAAAGGGGUGGUGCAGGCACUCAGGCGAACAAAAGGAAAGAAAAAGGCUCUUGAGUAUUUUGCGCUGGAAGGAGCGCAAAAGAUGGGGAGCCACGCGGCUUUUGCAAGCUGUGCCUUUGCAAUAAGUGAGUAUCUCUUGUUGAAGGCGCCCGAGGCUACUUCAUACCUGCCUAGAAUGCUUGAGUAA